CCCGAUCCCAAUCCCGUUCCCGAUCCUGAUCCCGGUCCCGAUCCCGGUCCCGGUUCUGUUCCCGGUCCUGUUCCCGUUCCGGAUCCUAUUCCCGAUCCCGUUCCCGAUCCUGUUCCCGAUCUUAAUCCCGUUCCCGAUCCCGAUCCCGAUCCCGUUCCUGUUCACGAUCCCGAUCCCAAUCCCGUUCCCGAUCCCAAUCCCGGUCCCGUUCCCGUUCCGGAUCCUAUUCCCGAUCCCGUUCCCGGUCCCGGUCCCGUUCCCGUUCCCGUUCCGGAUCCUAUUCCCGAUCCCGUUCCCGGUCCCGGUCCUGUUCCCGUUCCCGUUCCGGAUCCUAUUCCCGAUCCCGUUCCCGGUCCCGGUCCUGUUCCCGUUCCGGAUCCUAUUCCCGAUCCCGGUCCCGGUCCUGUUCCCGCUCCCGUUCCGGAUCCUAUUCCCGUUCCCGUUCCCGUUCCCGUUCCCGGUCCCGCGUUC